GGUCCGGGCGGCUUCCGGCCUUCCGGCUUUCGGCUCGCAGGAGGUCGUGGUGCAACUUUCUUCGGUCGUCCCGAGUCCGGGUUCAUCCGACACCAUCCGCCUCCGCCAUGCCGCCUAAGUUCGACCCCAGCGAGAUCAAAGUCGUGUACCUGAGGUGCACCGGUGGCGAAGUAGGGGCCACGUCUGCCCUGGCCCCCAAGAUCGGCCCCCUGGGUCUGUCUCCAAAAAAGGUUGGUGAUGACAUCGCCAAGGCAACCGGUGACUGGAAAGGUCUGAGGAUUACAGUGAAAUUGACCAUUCAGAACAGACAGGCCCAGAUUGAGGUGGUACCAUCUGCUUCUGCCUUGAUCAUCAAAGCCCUCAAGGAACCACCAAGAGAUAGAAAGAAACAAAAAAACAUUAAACACAAUGGAAAUAUCACGUUUGAUGAGAUCGUCAAUAUUGCCCGACAAAUGCGGCACAGAUCUUUAGCCAGAGAACUCUCAGGAACCAUUAAAGAGAUCCUGGGGACUGCCCAGUCUGUGGGCUGCAAUGUUGAUGGCCGCCACCCUCAUGACAUCAUAGAUGACAUCAACAGUGGUGCAGUGGAAUGCCCAGGUAAUUAAGUACAAAGGAAAAUAUUUUAAUAAAGGAUCCUUUGACUACCCGUG